UGUAAACAUGGCGACUAGUAUAUUGGGGAUACUACAAGUUCGGCCUCCGUAUCUUUAUUUUUUAUGGUCCACAUAUUUUGUCAUAAUUUGCAUUCCAUUCGCAGAGACGUGCAACUAUAUUCCAAGAUAUUCUAACCUCUCUUCUCAACUUGAUGUCAAACCAUGAUCGCAUGAACGAGUAAAGCAAUAAAGUUCGCAAAAUAUAAGCGGUUUCCGAAAGAUUGGGAAUAAAAUAUAAUGAUGUCACGAUCUGUGAGAGCAGAGACACGAAGUCGUGCCAAAGAUGAUAUCAAGCGGGUGAUGCAAGUUGUCGACAAAGUACGACACUGGGAAAAGAAAUGGGUGACCAUAGGUGAAACAACGAUGAAAAUCUACAAAUGGGUUCCUAUAUCUACACUUGAGCAGAAAAAAAAAGGAAAGGUUAUUGGUGACAAAGAGAAUAGUUUAGCUAGGAAAGCCGGCAUGGAUUCCUCAAACUCUAAUUUUGGUCUCGCAGAGGACUCUAAUACCUGUUUUUCAACCGUGAGUGACUCACAGGGACUGACAGAUUUCUCCGCACAUCUUGGUUUCUCUGAAGAUUCAAAUUCGCAGAACAGCGAGCCAACGCCUAAGAGAUUGAAGACUGAUUAAGUUUUAUUCAUGUACACAAAUGUCAAAUAAUCAAGCUAAGUUGACUUUCCAUUAAGUUAUAAAUUCUAAACUUUAAAAAGUGUGUAAAAAGUUUGUCCAUUCUAUUGCAUGCUUGCAAAUCUUGACUAGUAUCAUAUUACCGAACAAUAAUAAAUAUUUGAUCAUA